AAUGAUCAGGGCACCGCGGAUGGAUGCUCCGAGAAGGACAAGGAGAAGACCGCUGGCAAGUCAUGGACGCGGGGAUGGCGACGCAAGCGUGAUGGACCGCGGCAAUGACCGAAACUAUUGCCACAAACCGCGGCGCCCGAGGGCAUUUCCUGCGGUUGUAGGCAUCUUGUUGUACAUGGUAGGGACACACGCCUUUCUUUCUCCAACAUCACCGUCAUUGAGGACCGUCGGUGUCAACCGAGGGAAGGCAAGCCCCUUGCCUCCGUCCUUCCGUCGUGAAAGCGUCGUGGUGAUGGGUAUUCCGAAGCUUUUUCGGUGGCUUGUGGAUUUGUACCCGGCGGUACAACAACGCGUGGGGGAGACGUUGGGGACGGAGACGGCGAAAGUGGAAAAUUUCUACCUGGACAUGAACGGGAUCAUCCACAUGUGCACGCACGCGAACGCGGAGGAGUUGAUCGUGCUGGACGAGCGCAAG